UGAAGUCGCUGCUGUUCUUUUAGAGGAACUAACAGAUCCCACAAUUAGGAACAAUAAAUCAGAGACACCACUGGACCUGGCUGCACUUUAUGGACGUCUACAGGUAGUAAAGAUGCUAAUCAAUGCCCAUCCAAACCUCAUGGCCUGCAAUCACAAAAAACAUACACCUUUGCACCUGGCUGCCCGCAAUGGCCACAAGUCUGUUGUUGAAGUCUUGCUAGAUGCUGGCAUGGAUGUAAACUGUCAGACAGAAAAAGGAAGUGCACUUCAUGAGGCAGCCCUCUUUGGAAAGAUAGAUGUAGUUCGAAUUCUGCUAGAAGCUGGGAUUAAUAUCACUAUUAAAGAUGAGCAAGGCAGAACAGUGUUAGAUAUUCUGAAAGAACAUCCAUCUCAAAAAUCACAGCAAAUUGCAGCACUUAUUCAAGAAUUUUUUGAAGAGAAAGCUGAUGACAAGUGCACAGAAGACCCGGUGAGACAAUGUCCAAUGCCAACUCCUCGGACGUCUGUUUCAUCUCCAUCAGGGUCACCCUCUCACAAGACAAAAAGUGAUGCUGUGACUGGUGAGCUGUCAAAGUUACUCAGUGAAAUCAAAAUGUGCCAAGAAAAGGAUUACUCGUUUGAAGAACUGUGCCACACGAUCUCCGCACAUUCAAUGGACAGUUUCAGCAGUCCCAAACUGUCAGAUGAAGAAUCAGGGAGAAGAGGAAGCGUGUCAAAGGCAAACAAAAGACCAUCUCCUCCCAUUAACCCUGCAAAGGAUGAAGAAGAAGAGGAGGAUGAAGAAAAAAGUUGUGGACCAGUAGGACUGUGGGAAGCAUUAACACCUUGCAAUGGGUGCAGGAGUCUUGGGUUUCCCAUUCUAACACAGGAGCUGGAUGCCAAAUGUAAUAGUCCUACUGUAGAGACAGUACCCUCUCCUUCACUAGAUGCAUUUCAUCCGGAAGUUGAGGACAGCUCAUAUGAGUUUGUUGCUACAGCAGUUACUAGGAAACCUUGCUCUCUUGAAAUUCUCAGGAUGUCUUCCUCUUUUUCAGAUGAUGCUCCUCAUGUGACUGUUACUGCACCAGAAGGAGGUAACCAUGGAAACAACUCUACUGGACCAACACCAGACUGUUCCCCUCCAUCACCAGAUACUGCACUCAAACAUAUUGAGAAAGUAAUUAGACCACAGCCUAAGCUACGUACAUCUUUAAUCACUGCUUUGGAGAAUCAUCGAUUAACUUACUGCCAUAAUUAUGAGAUCCGCUCCCAUGCAACAUUUGUCACUUUUGGCUGUAGCCCUCCAAUUAGUCCUUCUGAUUACAUGGUGGAAGUCGCUGAAGACUGUGAUGAGACAGAUGAAACUCUGUAUCAGCAGGAAGCAGCAGCAGAGGAGAUUCCCGAUGAGCAUGUCCCGGAACAGUUUGCUGGCCUCUUACAUGGAUCCUCUCCAGCCUGUGAAUCACCAGAAACACCCUACCAACUUUAUAAUAAUGUCAGGAAGCAUAAAGAAUCUGAAAAGGGAGCAACUUUACCAAGCUCAAAAUCUGCACAGAACUCUGAAAGAGAUGGAACAUUAGACCAAAUUAAUGGUGACAGUCCAUCACCACAGGUAAAACCAAAUAAACCUCAGGUUGUGUAUAGAACAAUUUUUCAUACAAGAGUUAACCAACCAGAUGGUGUGACAUCUGUCAGCAAUAGACCUGUGCAGAAUAUCGAGACACGGGCCAGCAACACUGGUGCAUUUGAGGACCGGGCAUGUACUUUAGGAAGGGUAAAAUCUGUGCCAAAAACUCUCCUGGAAAUGCAUUUAUCCAAAACUAUAUCCAAAUCAGACUCUAAUUUGAUAAAUUGCUCACCAGUUGAAGAAGAAACACGGGUGAAAUGUUGUGACCCUUCACUCAUUAAACAGCAUGCAAUCAGAAGUCCUGAAAGGACACCAUCAUUUACUGCAGAAUGGGAUGAAAUUGAUAAAAUCAUGAGCUCCAUUGGAGCAGGGAUCUACACAGGCAUAGAAGAGUUGAAAAGAAAUAUAUCAGGACCCAGAUGCCCCUUCCAGUCUGUGGGACAGUGGUUAGAGAGUAUUGGACUGCCUCAGUAUGAGAACCACCUGCUGGCGAAUGGAUUCGACAACGUUCAGUUUAUGGGAUUAAAUGUAGUAGAAGACCAAGAUCUUCUGGAAAUAGGAAUACUAAACUCUGCUCACCGGCAAAGGAUUCUACAGGCAGUCCGCCUUCUCCCAAAGGUUAGACCAAUCGGCUAUGAUGGGAACAAUCCCACCUCUGUGGCGGAAUGGCUAGACUCCCUUGAACUGGGGGAUUAUACCAAGGCGUUUCUUAUUAAUGGUUACACGUCUAUGGAACUUGUGAAAAAAAUCUGGGACUUUGAACUCAUCAAUUUACUGAAAAUUAAUCUGCUGGGUCACAGAAAACGAAUCUUGGCAUCCUUAGGAGACAGGCUACACGAAGAGCCACCUCAGAAACCUCCGCGUUCAAUUACACUACGGGAGCCAAGUGGAAACCAUACUCCACCCCAGCUCUCUCCCUCACUUAGCCAAAGCACUUAUACCACUGGGGGCUCUCUAGAUAUCCCGCACAUAAUGAUGCAGGCAGAUGCAAGGAGACGAAGAAACGAAAGCUAUUUUGAGGAUAUUCCUAGGUCAAAACUGGAGCGACAGAUGGCACAGCACUCUUAUCAGACAACAGACUGGGAACCUUCAAUUUCCCUUCGGCCACCAAAUGAAGCUACCUCAUCGACGCCAGUACAGUACUGGCAACAUCAUCCUGAGAAACUCAUCUUCCAGUCUUGUGAUUAUGAAGCUUAUUACCUAGGUUCCAUGUUGGUGAAAGAACUAAGAGGAACAGAAUCUACGCAGGAUGCCUGUUCAAAGAUGAGGAAAUCCACAGAACAAAUGAAAAAAGUACCCACUAUUAUUCUGUCUGUUUCCUACAAAGGAGUCAAGUUUAUAGAUGCUGCAAAUAAGAAUAUCAUUGCUGAACAUGAAAUUCGAAACAUCUCCUGUGCUGCUCAGGACCCAGAAGAUCUCUCCACGUUUGCUUAUAUCACAAAGGAUCUAAAAUCAAGCCACCACUACUGUCAUGUUUUCACAGCUUUUGACGUGAAUUUAGCUUAUGAAAUCAUCUUAACAUUAGGCCAAGCCUUUGAAGUAGCAUACCAGUUGGCACUGCAAGCCCGGAAAGGACAUUCUUCAACUCUACCAGAAAGCUUUGAUGGUAAACCUACCAAACCGAUCCCAAAACCCCGCAUUAGCAUGAGAAAAUCUGUGCAGAUAGACCCCCUAGUUAUCGAGCAAAAGACUCACGCUAACGUACCAUGGAUUGUGGAACCAGGACAGGAAGCAAAACGAGGAAUUAACACGAAUUGUGAAAAAGUCUUUACCUGCAGUAAUAACAUUGCUCCCUCGGAGUACAAGACAUAUGAGCAUUUCAUUUAUACACUUGUUUAGAAGAUAAACUUGGAGACAUUUUUCUAUAAAAACAAGUUGUUCAUCCUUUCUAUGCCUCACUGCAUACUGCUACUGGUACAAAACAUGCAGUAUAUGGAGCCAGACUGAAACUGUUGUAUACUAUACUCCAUCAGAGGCAACAUUACAGGAGUUGGUGACAUCAUAAACCUGCGUUGCCCUCCUCUAAAGUAUUCAUAUUGUGCAACCUUUCAAUGUUUAAUAUAAAGUUAUUAAUGGAAAUGUGUAUCAAUUUGUCUUAAGCUGUCGAAUGUCAAUUAUUUUUGUAUACUAAUAACUCUACCAAGCUUAUCAGUAGAAGUCAUCCCUGGACAGAUGCCAAAUGAUGACCAAAAGAGCUUGGGAAAAGACUGAUAAAUCAAUUGUAAAUUAUAUGGAUGAUGGCAGAAAUUUUAUUACAGUAUUAUAGUACUUGAACAACACAGAGUUCCCUUGUAUAUAUUUUGCCUCCUCACUGUCAAUAUAUGUAUGUAGUAAACUGGCAGUAACCAGCACUGGAAAAAAAGGUACCAAAAUGAGAUUGUAUGAAGAAAGAGUAAAUAGUGGCCUCAUUGUGACUAAUACAAUUGUAUAUAUGCUCGGGCUUCCAGUUACAAAUUUUGUAAUUUUUGUCAUUAUUUAUAUCCUUGUAAAAGCACAUGGAAUAAAGAGAAAAAAUUGUACAACUGA